AUGCUGUCGAUGUUCAUGUGGAAGAAAUGGCGGGGAGCAACAGCAACUCGAAAUUACGGGUGGGGUCGAUAUUUCGGCUCCAUAGAUCCAGAAUUAGGUGACAAAAAGCCAACAUACAUCAUCGUCGGAGCUGGUUCAGCCGGAUGUGUCCUGGCUAGUCGACUGACAGAAAAUCCAGCAAAUCGAGUGUUGCUGAUAGAGGCUGGACCGCGAGAUUCAAAAUGGAAUUGGAAAUUUCACAUGCCAGCAGCACUUAUGUACAAUCUGUGCAAUGACAAGUAUAACUGGUUUUACUACACUCAGCCGCAAAAAAACAUGAAUGGCCGAACAGUUUACUGGCCUCGUGGACGUGUUUGGGGGGGUUCUUCUACUCUUAAUGCGAUGGUGUACGUUCGCGGUCAUCCAUUUGACUAUAACCGUUGGGAGCAAGAGGGGGCUACGAACUGGUCUUACAAGAAUGUCCUUCCUUAUUUUAAAAAGGCUCAAUCUCAUGAACUAGCGAAAGGACCAUCAGAUCCUUAUCGAGGUUGGAAUGGUCCACUUCAUGUUACGCAAGGGAAAUGCGAAAAUCCGUUACACAAAGCUUUUAUUGAAUGCGGAGAUCAAUUUGGCAUUGGUACUGUUGAUGACAUAAAUGGGUAUAAACAAGAAGGAACAGCUCCAAUGGAUCUCACUAUUUAUAACGGCUCACGUUGGAGUGCAUCAAGAGCUUAUUUGUGGCCUGCACUGUCGCGUCCAAAUUUACAUACCUCGUCGAAUAUAUUGUGUACGCGCAUAUUAUUUGAUAACAAUAAAGCAAUUGGUAUCGAAUUUAUAAGAAAAAGUGGUCCUAUUACCGACAAUAUCAAUUCGUGGAAUCGUGAAAAAGUGUACUGUGAAGGAGGCGUGAUCCUUGCUUGUGGUGCAGUCAAUACUCCACAAUUAUUGCUUCUUAGUGGAAUCGGACCAGCAGAUAAUAUAAAAGCUCAUUCGAUUCCAGUGAUCGAGCACUUGCCAGGAGUUGGCAAUAACUUGCAGGAUCAUCUUGAGGUCUACGUACAACAGAAAUGUACGCAACCAAUUACACUUUACAACAAAAGCUCUUGGCUUUUCCCACAUAAUAUGAUCAAAAUUGGUUUGGAAUGGUAUCUGUCUAAGACUGGUCUUGGAGCGAGCAGUCAUCUGGAAUCUGGUGGAUUUGUAAGAAGUACACCGAGUAUUUCUCAUCCAGAUAUUCAGUUCCAUUUCCUUCCUUCUACAGUGCAUGAUGAUGGGCGCACCUCUGGUACAUGUCACGCUUACCAAGUACACGUUGGCCCGCUACGAUCCAAGUCCAAGGGUACAAUAAAAUUAGCUAGUAAUGAUCCUAGGCGACAUCCGCUCAUAAAUCCGAAUUAUUUGGAUCAUGUAGAUGACUAUAUGGAGUUUAGACAUGCUAUACGAAUUGCAAGGGCAUUGUUAAGUCAGCGAAGCUUCGAUAAAUAUCGUGGCGAUGAGUUAUUGCCCGGAGACGAUUGCCAGAGCAACGAACAGAUUGACGACUUUGUUCGAACAAUGUCUGCUUCUGCUUAUCAUCCAUCCUGUUCAUGCAAAAUGGGAACUGAGUCCGAUAAAUUUGCUGUUGUCAACCCGGAAACAAUGGGCGUCUAUGGAACUGAGAAUCUUUACGUAGCAGAUGCAUCAGUAAUGCCAUCAAUUGUAAGUGGGAAUCUUAAUGCUCCAGUGAUUAUGCUGGGUGAAAAGGCGGCUGAUUUGAUACAAAGAAAUACACCAUUGGCCGUGGAAAAUGUACCAGUAUGGUCAAGUGAAGAAUCAACGGGACGUACUUCCACUGACACUGCAUAG